UUGAUUCGCAACCUCAUGAGCGGCAAAAGUAGUGCGGGAGUUGCCAUCGGGGCAUCGGGGCAUCAUUUAUCCAUCCAACGCAGCCCAAGUCUUGUUGAUAAGUCGACUGACACUUGCCAAUUUUCUUGAAGGGAAUCCGCCUAUUUGCCUCUUACCAUACCCAAAGCUCAUCAUGCAGCAACGUUACAGUUAUUCCAAGUGAAUGUUGUGCAGAGGCAGUCGCAUAAGCAAACCGAUUCACCAGGCACUACUACCUUGCUCCUUUGGUACCUGCUGGGCACCACAGAAUUUAAUCGAACUGCAUUAAAGUCAAGAUGAGAAUACAAGAAGUACAAUCGAUCCUGUUGGCUGCACUUGUCAGUUUGUCGGCUCCGCUGUCAGUAGACGGCGCUGUCGGUGAUCUACUCUGGAGUGAAGAGUUUGACUACACUGGAACUCCAGACCCUUCCAUCUGGUCGCAUGAUGUCGGAAACAACAAUGGUUGGGGGAACAAUGAGCUUCAGAUUUACACGUCCGACAGCUCCAACUCGAUUGUCCAGGAUGGUAUUCUGAGAAUCAUGACUCGAAGGAAUGGAAAUUCCAAUACGUUCACAUCGGCCCGUAUCAAGACAGAAAACAAAGUAAGCUUUACGUAUGGGACACUCGAGGCCCGAAUCCAAGUGCCCGACAUGGAUGCCGGUCUUUGGCCCUGCUUUUGGACCAUGGGAGAAGAUUUCUAUCAGGUCGGAUGGCCCAAAGCUGGUGAGGUCGAUAUCAUGGAAAUGGGACAAGGAUUGGCUAUCAAUGAAGGUCUCGUCAACCAAAGAGUGGUCAGUGCAGCUCACUGGGAUAUCUUUGGCCAGUAUGCCACCUAUGCAAAAUCGUAUGAUUCUCCCACAGACCUCAGUCAGGAUUAUCACAUUUACAAGCUGGAAUGGACGCCUGAUUCUAUGACUACCUAUGUUGACGGAAACUGGAUCUGGGAAAUCGACAUUACAGACGGCCAGUGUCCAAGCUGUACCGAGUUGCAUCAGCCCCAUCAUAUCUUGUUGAACAUGGCUGUCGGCGGUGGCUUCACCAGUGGAGGAACGUCCAGUUCAGCUGCCGGUAGCAGCAGUAGCGGUUGUGAGGGAUCCAGCAGCGCUGCCGGUGACGCGUCCUCUGGAGGAUGUUCCUCAAGGGGUCCGGAUGACAUCACCGCCCCACUCCCAGCAGAGCUUAAAGUGGACUGGGUUCGACUCUACGACAAUGGAUACACAACUGUCAAUUUGCCCCCCACACCAGUGCCCACUCCGGUACCAACUGCCAGGGAUCGCUUACCAGCUACUCCUAAUCCAACUCCUCUCCCUACGACACCGCUUCCCACCCCCUUUCCCACCCCAAUGCCCACUAAUCCCAUCCCUGUCACCUACGCUCCCGUGCCUUCUCCCGUGACAUCUGUCCCGCUGUCUCCAUCGAAUCGAUUCCCAUACCCGGUAGAGCCUGUAACACCUCAAGUUCCUGUAAGCGGGGGUAAAGGUGGAAAAGGCGGAAAGAAAGGAAGCUUCAGUCGAAGUGCAACAUCAUCCGGAGUCAGUUUAGGCAAAGGUAAAGGUGGUCUCAAAGGUGGAAGUCGAAGUGCAACUGCCACGAGUUUUGGCAAGGGUGGAAAAGGCAAUCUGGGUGCCGCUGGUAGCCGACUGGGAACAAGUUCCAAAGGAAAAGGACGGUGGAGUCGAAGUGGAGCAACCGCAGGAACCCAACGAACCACAGCCGACGGCACACCGCUGGAUACUACCACAUCAACCCCGCCGCCAACAGCAACACCGACACAAACUCCCGCAACCCCACCUCCCACGCCACCGAUGGGAAGCUUCGGAUCUGGCGCAGGUGGCACCGAAACGGACAGCGACGAGGACUCACCCGAAACUUCACCAGGGUACUCCCGGGGUUCUGGACCGCAGAGUGUAGUUGCACAAUCCAACGCUGCCACCAGUAGUGCCAAUGCAGUUCCCUUCAUGUUCUUGUCAGUGGCGCUUGCAUUGACGGUCACAUUGGGUCUCAUUAGAAGUUAGCAACCUCAAGUUUGCUAAGCAAAUCGUGAGCUCGCCGGUAGGAGUACGGGAAACUGCGUUCAACAAAGCACAUUGCAUGCUUGGGGACUCCUGGAGUGGUUGCCGGGCAAGUCGGCUUUGAUAUUAGCCUGUCUGAAUAGUUUAUCUCGAUGAUUAGAUUUCCAUUGCAUAACCAAGAGUGCCUUAGAUGAACAGACUAGGAACUGACUGUUGUCAGACAGCCAAAAAAAUGCAUAAGUACUAGCUAGUCUGCCGAUACGAAUGGCUCGU